AGAAAACUGAAACGUACAUAUGGUAGCUUUACUUUCCGACCGCACGGGAAAGCAGCGGUUGCCCUGAGGACUUCAUUGGUGCUCUAGACAGGUUAAUUGUAAGUAGCUGUGUAACAGAAACGGCUAUGUUUGUUUUUGGCGGUGCGCACAGUUUGUAAUCUUCCAAUUUCGCAGUGAGUGAGGCUCUUGCUCUGGUGAAGGCUACAUGAUGACAAUGAAGUUUCCAGUGCCUGCCUUUGUCACCUGCUGUCAUAAAACACAUAGAACCUCUUAAAACACACUUGCUCCAAUAUCCAGCAUAUUCCUUGCCUUAUUGCUACCAUUCCACUGUACCAGCAUAUCCUCAAACAUUAUCUACCUGCUCAAUAAUUGCUGAGGUCUGUCAUUUGCUCUGAAAAGUUCCUCCUUAGUUGUUUCUCUCUUGAGAGAACCUCCAUUCCCAGAUGAUGCGGACGGACAACAAAGGCAGAAGCGCCUCCCCUCACAGGAUAACCUAUAAGUCUGACUUCCACGCCAUCAAAUGUUCAUUUGACACUGCGACCAGCCUACAACCAGGGACCAAAGCUGCUGCUGCAGCUGCACAGCGCUCUGCUGUUCACUCAACUAGGCUGCCAUCCAGCCUGUCAGAUCCCAUAAUGUCCCACACCAGCGCCACCACCAGUGCCAGCUCAUGCAACAGAGGGAGAGUCCACAGCACCAGGGGGAACAAAAUCCGAGACAACAUCUUCCUGCAAAUGGAUAACCAGCAGCUGAAACAAGAUGGUGGUUCAGUGCAGAGUUCUGGCUCUACACCCCUCCUUUCUCCCCAUAAUCCCAUUUUACAGCUUCAAACGUCACCUUUCUCUGCAUGCAGACGUUCGGUCGUUAGUCCCUCGUCUGUUCUCAGCACUGUGGCCAGCAUUUCUACUCCAGAAUCUUCUCUGCGAGAUAAAUCAUCCAGAUCAGAGGAAAUAACGGAUAUUGAUAGAGCUGCUCUAGCUCAGAAGUUCACUGUCACGCGGAGGUUGUUUGAGACCAAGGUGAUGGAGGUUGGAGGUGGUGGAGAGCAGGUUUUGAAAGGUUGGGGAAGCAAGGGGGUGACAAAUGGGAAAGGAGAAGGGGAAGAGGAGAUACAAGGAUUAAGCCAGGUUGAAAAGGAGGAUGAGGCAAGUGGGAUAAGGAAGGAGGAGGACAGGUUUGAUAAAGACAAAUCCAUAAACCUACCCAUCAUAAAUACUUCCUCUCCAAAGCCUCCUGCACAGGCCUCGCUGACAAGGCACCCUAAAUCUCCCAUAUCAGAUGACCCUAGUGAAUCAUCCAACGAAUCACCCUCCUGUCUCGACAAACACGCUCAAACCACAGCAUCACCAGCGGAAGAUGAAGGGACAGCAGGCCCAACUCUGGACCUCUACUUGACCCCUGAGGAGCCAGUGAGGGCAGAGCUAGUUGACGUAAAGAACGGGUCAUCAGAAAGUGAUGAAAAUGAAGAAGAAAAGGAGCAGACAGAGGACAAAAAGCAGCUUAAAGAUGAGGGGGAAAAGUACAAAGUUGUAGGAGAAAGUGUGCAGGAGCUAGUGGAUGAUGUUUUUGAAGGGCCCAGCGUGGAAACAGCAGGACCUCACAUGCUGGAAAACAGAGUGGAAUUGAGAGCGAGAGAUCCAGUUGUUCCCUCAGAAGAACACCAGAAGGAGUUAUCAGCCAGCAUGUCAUCAUGUAAAAGAGAGAGUGAGGAUGUCGGAGAUGGUGUAAGAGACAAGUAUCAGCAGGUGAAUGAAGAAUGGGAGGGUGAAAGGGAGGGGCAGAACAGACAGUUCAUUGCACAGGCUGAGAAGUCAACAAAAAAGGGGAACAACAGGGAGAAAAAGAUUGUUGCAGGAGUGGAAGAAAGUGCUGAAAGGACAGAGAGAGGCAUGAUGCAAGAGGAGGAUAAUGACAGAGGGGGGAAAGGUGGAGAAGAAGAAUGUAAACAAAGUGAAGAGGAGGAAAGAACCACGAAAGAAGAAGGUUUAACAUCUGAUGGAAAAGAUGAUGCAGAAAGAGGCAAAGACAAAGAGGACCAGACAGGAUCUGAAGUUAUCUGUGGGAUUGAAAAUGAGGCUUUUGCGUAUGAGCAGGAAUCCCACUCUCAACCAGAGCAUUCAAGACAGGAAUGUGAAAACUUUAAACAUGAAAAUCUUUCAUCGCAAUAUGAGGAAAUUCCUGGUCUGCCUGAAAUGUCCGAUCUGGAGGAGGAGGAGGAGGAGGAGGAGGAGGAUGCAGCAGAAGUUGCAAAGAGAAAGGUCAGGUUCACCUCAGCAAAAAUCAAGGUGUACAGCAUGUAUUCUAAUGCAGAGUACGACAGACACAAUGAGGACAUUGACCCGGUGUCCGCCUCGGCUGAGUUUGAGCUGGAGAAGAGGGUGGACAGGAUGGAUGUCUUCCCAGCGGAGAUAGAGAAGGGAGAUGAGGGUCUGGGCAUCAGUAUUAUAGGAAUGGGUGUGGGAGCUGACCAGGGACUGGAAAAGCUGGGAAUCUUUGUCAAGACAGUGACUGAAGGAGGAGCAACACAGAGGGACGGAAGGAUUCAGGUGAAUGAUCAGAUAGUGGAGGUGGAUGGAGUGAGUUUAGUUGGAGUUUCCCAACUGUUUGCAGCCACAGUCCUAAAGAAUACUUCAGGCCUUGUCAAGUUUCUGAUUGGCCGAGAGAAGGAGGGCGUGGAGAGCGAGGUGGCCAGACUGAUCAACGAAAGCCUGGAAAUGGAAAAAACAUCCACAAAGAGGGGAAAGGCUAGCAGGGAUGAGGAUAAUGAUGGCAGCAUGUCAGAGAAGUCAGUGGUUGAGGAGGAAGAGGAGGAGGAGGAAGAUGAAGAGGAGGACGUGUCUGUUCUUUCAAGUUUGGACAACUACCAGCUCUGCCUCAAAUACCAGCAGCUUCAGUUAAAAAUACGAAGCAGAACAGCCCAACUUCACCGCGCUAAAGAAAAGCUGAAGGCAUGGGAGGAGCAGCAGGUCGACUGGGAGAGCCAGAGGACUGAGCUGGAGCAAAGUGUGGAAGAUGGGGAGGAGAAAGCUGAAAAACUAGAGAAGUAUUGGCAAGAGGCCCAGACACUGUGCAGGGUUGUGAGCCAGCGACUGGCUGAUGCCCAGAGCCAAUCAGAAAGCUUGGAGAUCAAAUACAAUAAGGCCAAGAGACUGGUCAGAGAAUACCAGAGCAGAGAUGAGGAGAGGGACAACAGAGAAGCAGAGUUGAGAGGAGAAAUGGAGGAGAGAGAUAAGCUGCACAGAGAGACAGUUGAAAGACUGCAAAUCCAGAUAGCACAGCUAGAGAGAAAAGAGCUCGCACCUGAAAGAACGAACCACUCUGUGGAGCCUUCAGUCACAGGUCCGGACUGGUUAAUUCCAGUCCCUGAUACAGGACGAUUAGACUGCAGCGCUCACAUAGCCAGAGCUCAGCUGGCCCAGAAAUCCAAGCGCCACCCACCCUCUCGAGACAAACUCAGAGAGAGCUUUAGGAAACGGGAAGACGAAGGUCAGAAACCACCAGAGAGCCAGUCACUGUCUGCUCCGACAGCGAUGCAAAGGAGCAACAGAAGCAACCUGUCCAGUACUUCGUCUCUGUCAGCCUUCAGUCCUCAACCUCCCACCGGCUCCGUCUUCACUCCUCCCAUCUACAUCAAUGACAAUCUCACCCCCUCACCUUGCAAAUCCUCUGCAUCCAGAAAAUCCAAAAAGAAAUUUCCAGACUUCAGUGGCCUUCGCAAGUCUCUCACCAAAAGAAGAAGUGAGAAACACAGGAAAAGGUCCUUAAACAACAGGGGCUCGUGUGGUGACCUGGUGGAUGAGCCCGCUGGAGUUUCUCCGUCGGGUUCAAUCACCUCCAUGCCUUCUUGCCUGCCGUUCCCCUGGUUUGGGGAGCGAGGGAGAGAAAAAGAAGUUGACGGUGAGAGAGGCAGGGAGAGACUUCGGUCUGUGUCCAGCAGCAGCUUACCGUACUUGACCACCACAGGUAGAAGAGAUCAGACGUUGGACGAUGACCCAGUUCCCACCAAUAACAACAACCAGUGGCAAAGUCGACCCGUCUUGGAGUGGGACAACCAGCAGGUGUGUCUGUGGUUAAUCGCCAUGAACAUGGACGAGUACGCGUCUGAGUUCGCUGCCAGAGGUGUGGAUGGGACGCAGCUGCUCAACAUGGACAGUGAGAAACUUAAGGCUCUGGGAGUGUGCAGUCAGAGCGACCGGUCUGCCAUCAAGAGGAAGCUGAAGGACAUUAAGAAAAGAGAGAAGAGGCUGAAAGAGGACAAGGAGAAAGAGAGGACCACAGUUUUGGAUAAGGAGGGUGAAAACAAAGAGAAAGCAAGGAUGAUGAUGGAAGAGAAGUCAGUAAAUGAUGCCAGACACAGUGGAAAGACUGUAAGAACUGAGUCACUCUUGUAAAAGGAAAGGGGUGAUGUUGGAGAUGCACCACCAGCAUGAGGGCGUGUUUGCAGCCUGACAUGCACAAAAAGACACACUUGAUAACCUUGAACCAAUUUCUGUUUAGUCAAUAGAAACCGCUAGAUCUACUGCACACAUCCUCUGUUGUUCACAUCUUAAUACUAAUCAUUUAGGAUACAGAACGCUGGUUGGUUUUUAAUUGAUAGAAAGAUCUUUGGACCAGAGCAGAGACUGACUGGAGCACCAAAGUUCACAACCACAGCAGAUGUUUCUCAGUAUAUGUCGGUUGUAAAGUGUGUGACAAACUGUUUGACUGUGGUUUUUUUAUUUUAUUUAUCAUGAACUGUAAAUUAUCCUUAGAAUAAUUUUAAUAUUUAACAUUGUGCUCAUUUUAGCACUCAUAUAUUUGCUGUAAAUGUUUUUUUAAUGUAUUAAUAAAUAACUCUUUAAACUUG